CGAUCGCCCACUCAGUAACACACUCCACCUUUAGGUGGUCGCGACGCGCACUCCAGAUUCCAGUACCUAUACCUGUACCUGUAUCCAACGCACAGGAUUAUGAAGGACCAUUUCGGUGUCCUGGCAGUCGCGCUGCUGAUCGCAACCGUUGCCGCUCAGGAUCCGUCUUCCAACUACCUUCUCUCCGGUCACUCAACCCCGCUGAGCAGCAGUCUGGCCCACCAGUUCUUCAAUUUGGCCUCCCAGCACGCACAGCUGGCCAAUGAGACCGGAAACCAGGUGGCCCGCAUCUCCAGGGAAGGAACCUACGAUGACGACCAGUGCGAUCGGGAUAUUAACCGCAUCCGGGAUGCCAUCGACAACCUGGAGGAGUGGGCUCUGGAAUUUCCGGACACAUGGGGUCGAUUGCCCAUGGGUCUCUUCUGGGGCCACACAAUCAGCAUGGGUCAGUACGAAGAGUGCGUGGCAGCGUCCUCCACCUACGGCGAUGAAAUCCGUGGACAGUACUGCUUGGCCCGCCUGAACAUCACCACGUUCUAUGAUUCGGUGAAGAAACGUGGCGAAGAGUUCGCCCGCAUUAGUUACAAACAAACAGAUCCUGAGUUCUUUGAGCUGGGCAUCUGUAUUCCCUCGACGUGCAGUCCCGAGAAGUCCGAUCAAUUGCUCAAGUACGCCGUUUCCUACUUUUAUGGCCAGGAUGUUACCCAAUCCACAUUUGAAAUGGUCACGGAAUCGCGCUGCAAAUACGAUGCACCCAUCGAGCUACGCGGCAUUGACAUUUUCGCCAUCAUCUUCUUCUCGCUGAUCAUCUUCUUCAUGGUGGCCAGCAGUGUUUACGAUUACAUCCAGACUCGCAAUGGAGCUCCCAAGAAACCCUUGUUGGUGGCCUUUUCCGUGCUGACCAACGCCCCCAAAAUCUUCACCGUGAAGAAGGUGAACAAUCCCAAUGUGAUCCACUGCCUGAACGGCCUGCGUUGCUUCAGUAUGAUGUGGGUGGUCUUUGGCCAUGGGUACAUGACCUUCUACGACCUGCCGCACAUCAACAAGAACAAGUUCUACACCUGGGUGCAGACCCCCUAUUCGAUGUUGGUCCAGAACGGAUCCCUCUGCGUGGACACCUUCUUCUUCAUGUCCGGACUGCUGAUGUGCUGGGGCGCCUUCCGCGAAUUGGAGCGCACCAAGGGCAAGCUGAACAUCCCCAUGAUGUACUUCCAUCGCUACAUCCGACUCACUCCGGUGGUGGCCGUCGUCGUCCUCUACAUUAUGUCGCUCUAUAAGUACUCGGGCGCAGGACCCAUGUGGUUCAAGUUGGGCACCCAGGAUCAAAGGUGCGCCGACACCUGGUGGGCCACGCUGAUCUACAUCCAGAACUACGCCUUCCCCUACAGCAUUUGCAUCUCCCAAUCCUGGUAUUUGGCCGUGGACACCCAGCUCUACUUCCUGUCGCCGCUGUUCCUGAUUCCUUUGUGGAAAUGGGGCAAGAAGGCCUUGGUGCCCAUCGUGAUCUUCCUGAUUUUGUGCCUGGGCGGCACUUUCGCCACCUUCAUGUUGAACGACUUCACGCUAUUCCGCGUGCAGGACGAUCAUGUGGAUCUGCGCCAGCGGUUGACCUACUAUCCAACCCAUACGCGCAUUCCCACCUGGCUGAUUGGCGUGAUCUUCGGCUACUUCCUGUUCACCCGUAACCGUGGACGCCAGAUCCCGAUGGUCAAGCCGUUGGUGUUGACCGGAUGGUUUGUGGCCAUUGGAACGAUGUUGGCCUGCAUGUGGGGACCCUACUGGCGCAUCCUGCCGGACACACCCGACUCCCCGCUGAUCGAGGGCGCCUUCUUCGAGCCUCUGAGCAGGACCUCGUGGGCUUUGUCCAUCGGCUGGAUCGUUUGGGCCUGCUACAAUGGCCACGGCGGCCUGGUCAAUGACUUCCUGUCCUGGGGCUUCUUUACCGGCUUCAGCCGACUGACCUACUGCAUGUACGUCAUCCAUCGCAUUGUCCAGCUGGUCAACGCCGCUCGUCUGCAGACGGACACCCACUUCUCCAACUACGAUGCGAUCCUCCGCUGGUGGCACGACUUCGGCAUCACCCUCACCGCCUCGAUCUUCGCCACUUUGGCCUUUGAGGCACCCAUUUUGGGCAUCGAGAAGGCGAUCUUCGGCAAACCGGCGCCCAAGAAGCCCACUCCUGGCGAGCUGGCCAAAACUGCCCAGGUGGCAGAUGCCCCUGCUCCUGCUCCUGUUCCUGCUCCCGUCGCCCCCGAACCUAAGGCGGAAAUCUCGCCCGCUCCCAGCAGCGAGGAGAAUCCAUCCAAGGCUUAGGCUUCUCAGCCUCAAAACGUUUUUUUUUUUUCCCCAAA